AUGAUGUACAUGCUCAACGUUUUGGCAUCAAUCGUUAUUUCUAAACGCUGUAAAACCCAAGGCAAUUAUCGAUGUUUGUUCUGUUCCGAAACUUGGGCUCGGCUCGGUUCAGCCUUAAAGCAUCAACUUGUACAUCUUCGGCGCAGCGCCGUCGAUAACAUUUACGAUUUUUGCCCGUUCUGCAAUCAAGAAAAUAAGUGGAGCUUACUGGAACGUGGGUCAGUUUGUGAGCUGCACGUCAAGAAAUACUAUAUAAUGAUCAAAUCCAUGUACGUUUACUUUAAAACGAGAAACACGAAGAAUACGUUAGAUAUGCCCAAUUAUCUAGAACUAUUAUGCCGCCGUUGCCAGGUGCAGCUUGUCAAUGUGCCAGAGAAGAACAAGAAAGCUACAACAGCACCUGCACAAGCCGAUAAAGCACAAGAUUCCUGUAAACCUGAAAAAGUAUCACAACCCAAAAUUCGUACUGCUGUUAAAUAA